CUGAUAAGUUCUAAUUGGAACUCAAAAGCACUGGUCACACUCAGUGCCAGAAACCAUCACAAAAACAUGAAUUCUAUUAGCCAGUAAUAAUCAAGUGAAAACCGACAUUUUCGUACCGUGGCAUCUCAAAUUGCGUUCCAAUUUACGGCGUCAGAUGGUCGAUGGUGCUUCGAGCGCCUAGCCGAGAUCGGAGCAAGUGCAGCAUGUGAGAGCAGCCUGCAAGCAGUUCGAGCAAUUGCGUCGUGUUACAAAACCUUGGCCCUGGUCAAAUCCCCCACAACAAUCGCGCAUGAUGGCCAGUGCGGCGGAUGACUCGACAGCCGUGGGCAAGGAGGCUCAGGAGUCCUUCGCCAUCUACCACGAGGGCAGGACGCUCCAGCUCCACUGGCGCGGGCUGCCUCCCUUGCGGCGGGCUCCCGCAUCGCGGAUCUGCAGCAUUGGCGAGGGUCUGCUCCUCCUGACCACCGACCACGCCCUCUACUCCGCCCAACUGCAGGCCAACCGGAGUCACCUGGACCUGCAACUCCUGCGCACGGAUGUGGUGGACGUGGACUUCUGCACCGGCAGCCAGGAGCUGUUCGUGGUGCUGAGCAACGGCUCCGUGCAGCGCCGUACGGGAUCUGGCCGGGAAGUGGGCCACCCCCACGCCUGGCAAACCCUCGGCUUCGACCCGCUGGAACUGCUCGCCGAGGGCGUUCGCAUCCGUCGGGUUUGCUGCUCCGCACAGGGCGUGGUCUUCGUCGGCGCCGGUGGCGAAACCUAUGUCAUGGGCAGCUGCGGCGAGGUCUUCAAGGCGGAGCAGCAGCCCCGCCACAUGCGCUUGUACGAGGAGGGCAAGGAACUGCUCGACUUGGCCGCCGGAAACGAGCACUUCGUGAUGCUGGUGGCUCCCUACAACCUGGCGGACGAUCUGCUGCAGCUGCAGGUGGCCAAUGCGAAGGAAGAACCCGAGGACGACCGGGCCUCUGUGAAGUCCCUCAGCAGUGACAACUCGGAGCGCAGCUUUGCGGCCAACACGAGGCAUCUGCUCCAUCAGGGAUACGCCCUACUCCACACCCAACUCUUCACCUUCGGAGCAUCCAAUAACGGCCUUCUCGGCACCGGAGAUCACAUCCGGAGGGCCAAUGUGAUGCGUCUGCAGAAACUGGACAGCAUGGGCGUGUGCAGCAUUGCGGCCGGACUGGAGCACACCGUGGCCCGCACCCUGGACGGAAGGCUCUACCACUGGGGCCUAAACGAUCACUCCCAGUUGGGCGAGGAUGUGAGCUCGCCGAUGGAGAUCACCAUAGCGGACAACGCGGCAUCGCUGCCCUUGGAGCAGAACUCGGCGCUGGAGGCAACUUGUGGCGACUAUCACACGCUGCUGCUGAAUGCCUCCGGGCAGAUACAAUCCCUCCAGCCGCCGCCUCCCAUGCGGCACCUGCAGCAGUCUAGCACCUACGCCCAGACGCUCCUCCAGCUUCAGCUGGGAGCAGCGUGGCCACGCCAACUCCGACUGCUCAUGUGCUCCGGCCGAUACACGCUGCAAAACCAAAGGCAGUUCCAGCGCCAGUACCACUACUACCUGAGUCACCUGCAAUCGCAGCUGCAGCUGCUGCUCAAGCACCGCCAGGCAGUCCAAACGCUGGAAAUCUGGCAGCAGCAAUCGGCCGCGGACUCGCUUAGCGUCCUCGGUCCGCUGCUGGUCAGCUGGGAGCGAAUACUGUGCCUGCUGGUGGCGACCUUGCACUCGUUAGAGGGAUUCUACCGCGCGGACUUCGUGCAGCCCGCUGAUCUGCUGUUCAUCUGCCACUACAAGGAGUACAUCGAGCUGUUCGACGGAUACACGAAGGCCUACUGCGAUGUGUACUCGGUGAAUGGCUUUGGCGAAGCGGUUAGCGCCAUUGCUGCACUCAGCAGCCCCUUGGCCGAGCUCAACGAGGAGAGCUACGUCAUCCGGCUGUUCCAGCAACCCUUCAGCAUCUACCAGCUGUUUGUCCAGUUUAUGGAGCUGCUUGUGAGGACGCAGCCGGAGUAUGGGGAGCACAGGGUGGCCUGGUCGGAGUUCGCACGGCACAGCUGCAUCAGCCAAGAGCUGGCCGUGAACACCAAGGACUUCUGGAGCAGCAACGAUCGUAACCCCAGGAUCGUUCAGUUCCGAAGACGGCAGCGAAGGGUGAUCCUCACGUCAGCACUGGUUCCACUGAAGCUGGUCACCUCGGGCCUCGGCCGGUCCAGCAACAGCUUCAUCCUGUUCUCCGAUUUCCUGUGCCAGGUGGGCGGCAACUCGCUGUACUCCUAUCCCUUGACCACCCUGUGGGUGUGGACCGAGGACGACCUGCACCUGCGCUUGACAACGCCGGAAAAGAGCUUCCUGGUGUCGACGCGUUCACAGGAAAUGCGCAAGGUGUGGCUGGACCAGCUGCAGUCGAGCAUCGUUGCUUCCUUGGGCAGACCGCUCGGUAGUCCAGUGCCAAGUGCUCGCUCCACGGGCUACGAGUUUAGUCGAGAGCAUCCCAAGUUCUCGCGGGUGAAGGCAUGUGGUACCUGGAGGAAGGGCGUCCUCCACGGCAACUGCUAUCUGGAGUAUCCGGACGGGAGUGUCUACUGCGGGGAGCUGCAUCAUGGCGUCAUCGAAGGCUAUGGCAAGAUGGUGAUUCCGUCAUCGGGUCUGUACGUUGGCCACUUCAAAGGAGGUCGCUUCCACGGUCACGGGACGUACGAAAUCCACAACAAGGAUUCUCCCGAAAGCGAGGUGUACGAGGGCAACUUCUGCGAGGGUCUGUUCCACGGCCAUGGGAUGAUGCGGAACAACCGAUACAUCUACGUAGGAGAAUACCAGGCCAACGCCCGCAGUGGCUACGGCGUGAUCGAGGACCUGGUUAGCGGGGACAAGUACAUGGGCAUGUUCGCGGACAACAAGCGCUCGGGGAUCGGCAGCUGCAUCACCAACCGCGGCGACUACUUUGAAGGCAGCUUCUCCGGAGACGAUCUCAUGGGCCAUGGGGUAGCGGUCUUCGAGAACGACUAUUACUACGAGGGCGAACUCACGCUGCACGGACCCAACGGACGGGGGGAGUACUACAUGCCCAGCGGAGAUGCUUGUGGCGGAAGUGGAGCCAUAGCGACUGGAGAGUCCGACGACACCUGCGAGCUGAUCGGCAACAAGAUGUUCGGACAGCUGAGCGGCAGUUGGGAGACGGUGCGCAUCCAGGCUGGUGAACUGGUGCUGAAUCGACGCUUUCCCAAGUAUCCCAGCUCACUGGGACGUCAAGUGGUGGAUCACAAUCGCAAGUGGCGUUCGCUGUUCAACAAUUUUGAAUCGGACCUGGCCAAUUGCACGGCGACCAGCAGCAGCUCAGGUGGCAAUCCAUCAGGAGGCACCCUCAGGAAGUCCACGAAACCCACGCUCAGCACGGCCCAGCUCUGGAACUGCAUAGCGGUGUACAUGAGCAAGCAGCGGGCUCGGGAGGGAGCCAAGCCCGGCAACUACUUCAACAACAUCCUGCUCAGUCUGCCGCUGCCCCAGAAGACUUCUUCCCCACUGGCGAAGGCGCGGACGACCACAAACGCACUCAGCAAGCUGCAAACAGAGGCUGCGUCGGCGCUGGACUUUCUGGGAUUUCCACCUCGCCGCAUCCACUCCCAAGAGACACUAAACAGCAAGCCAGGUGGAUUGCAGAGGGCGGAUAGCUUGCUCUCCAUGGGCCACAACUCAUCUCGGGACUUGGAUAGCAGCAGUCUGGCCAGUUUCCAGUUGGACCAAAGCCUGCUGAACAGCACUGUCAAUGGCGAUGAGUCCAGCACGCUCAACGAAAGUUUUUCAAAAUUAAGUCACAACAACAACAACAACAACAAUAACAGCAUCUCGAAGCACAUGAACAACAGCGAUUGCUCGAUUACCUCGACGACAUCCACGACGAGUGCAAUGCUGGAGCAGGUGCCCAGUUUUGGCAUGGCCUCGGUGCUCACGGAGCAGGAUGUGGCCUCCAUACGCCUGUACCUGGAGCAGGCCUUCAAGGAUCGCCAUCAUCCGCUGUUCGCCUUGAACGAGCGCAUCGCCAACUGUUUCCACUACUCAUAUGGCUAUUGGAAGGUUAAGCCCACCCCGAUCCUGGCUAAGCAGGCGAUGAGGGAGUGGGAGUCCAUAUCGCGACGCAUUUACCGCUUUGUACGCAAGAUGUUCCCAGCUUUGCCCGAGGACUAUUGCCACAUGGAGGGCAGCAGGGAGGUUAUAUCGCAUAUUACCCUGCUCUACCCGUUAGUGCUGUCGGAAGGCAUCUACUCCACCUUGUUUGUGCUCUACGCCAAUAAGUACAGCCGCAAGGACGAAAUGUACCGGCAGAACCUAAAUCUUGCCGAGAAACUUAAGGACCAAGAGCUUGUCGAACUUAUGGGCCAUGAAAGUUUUCUUCAUAAUGUGAUGCUGGACCCCAAGUUCGAGGAGUCCGUCCAGAUGCUGAAGGAGCUGCAGGAGAAGUUUAGUCCCCAGGACAUGUUGACUGUGAUACAGCGCAGCACGCAGCUGCUAACCGAGGCCUACGAGCACGCCAUGGCUGCCAAUGCCGCGCAGCUCAAUGCGGACAACAUGAUUCCGCUGACCAUGCUCACAAUGCUGCGCGCUGCGGUUCCCCACUUGGGUGCGGAGCUGGCCCUGCUGGACGAUCUGACGGGUGGCCCCAACUUCCAGGCCGAGAUGAAUGGAAUGGCGGGCUAUUGCUACACCACACUGAAGGCCGCCUACGAGCACGUGACCUUGAGGGCCUUGCAAAAGAAUCCUUGA